AGUGGUGUACAAUAUUUAUACACGCAUUAUCAUCGAAAGUGAGUUGUUGACUGGCCCAGCAGUGUGCCGGGCACUUGUACAGUCCGAAUAAUAUAUAUAGAUCGCUAGUCUCUAUAUGUUGUUUGUUCGUUUAUUCUAUUACGACUUGUUUCAUCUCUUUAUUCUUUCGUCCGUUUUUUUUCCCCCUUUUCGCAUUUUUGUUUGCUGAAGCGGCGGCCGGCCGGCCCCGAAGGUCACGCAACUCUCUGUCGAGAUAUCAGAUGUGUGUGUACUGCCCGGCCCGCUCAGCAACACCCGACUCGAGUGGCCUCCUCCCCCCAUGCAUGGGAAUCGAUAGUGGAAACGAAACGUUCAGAUCAAGCCCUUAUAUCGAUACGCUAGGCUACGAACAACAUGGGUCGCCCAGCUGACGACUGCGUGACUUGACGUAAUCACGAAGCCAAAGGAAAAAAAACUUUUUCGGAGGGGGGGUUAUCGCUGUCUCCCGAGUUUUAUUUUUAUUUUUUUUUCGUCUGCUGUGUAUGCACUUCCAAGUAAGUUUCAAUUACCUGAUUCCAUGCAAAUCGCAUUCAAAUCAACUCGAUUGGAAUUACAAGAAAAUAACGUUUUUCCGACUAAAUUGCCAUUUUCCCUUGUCCAUCGGACCUGCAAUGCAUUCGGAAAUAAUUUCAAUGUCUCACGCUAUUCGUGUUUUCCCUUAUUGGCUAGGACGGCACCAAUUGUUGUUACAUAACGGUGUAUAAUAUGUCCUUUAAAGUAUUAGGGGUGAACCGUUUGCUGGCGAAUAACUAGAACAUAAAUAGUGCAGGCUAGACACAAUUUCCGUAGAAAUGUUGAAAGAGAUAAAGGUGACGACAAGAAAUUAUUUGUUUCGCAAUUUCUUUAUAGUUUAGAAAAAAGUUUUGUAAAAUCUGUCGACUAGCCGUAUCAGUUGCUAUAACGUAUUAAAUAUUGUUUGCGCACGAUGAUGUCACAGAUUUCUUCAUCAUGGGCCUUCUCUCCUGUUUAAAUAAAGUUAUUUAUUUUUGAUGUAAUCAUUCUAUUAAGAGUCGAAGUAUCAUUAUUGUGUACCCGUUGUUAUCUGCAGUCAUUCUGGAUGACCAAAUAGUUGUUGGCUUUCUCCUUCAAAUAAAUAAAAAUGAUGCAGCAAAAAUCAGGUGCACACGGAUACAGCUACGUUGGAAUUGCCGAGACAUUGAAUGAUUCAGCUUGACAAUAAAAUAGCGCUGGAAUUCGAACCGAAUCUGCUGUGAAAUCUCAAUACUUUGGCAUCGGUAACGCGACCCUUUUUUUGGAUUGCCGCGUUAAGUAUCGCGUGGAAAAUAAAGAGGGGGGGGGGAGGUAUUAUACAUGUACAGUUUACGUAAGGAUGGAAACGCCUCCGACAAACUGAAAUAAACAAAUCUCGGAAGAAAGAAGAAAAUGUUGAUAAUGACAGGAUUUUUGGCGGAAUUGUCCCUGAGAAUUGCCGUCCUUUCCUCCGCCAAGUCGAAAAAGCGAUAAUAAAAACCAUCGCCAAACAAACCUUUUUUUAAAAGGUCUGUGCCUUUCAAGGACCAUUGCCAUAAGAGUGUGGAGAAAAGAGAGAGUCCAUAAUACAGCGCUAUCAUUUUAUCUCGGCAACUCGAGUCCUUGAGAGAGCUGGAGCUGAGAGAAAAUUCCAAUACCUUUUACUUUGUACAGGCCCCCGGUACACCCAUUUCCCAACCACCACCAACAGCAGCAAUCCAUUUUCCACAGAUUGAAUCGGGCGAGCUGUCGAGUUAUUCAGUCGACAUCUCCGUCGCAGGUCUCCCAAAAAUCUGCUUCAUCCGUCGACCACAUUUCCAGUGCCGGAAUUGAUUUGAUUUUCGGUUAUAGUGAAAAAGUAGUGGAACACAUUGUGUGGUGGUGGAUCUCGGCCUAAAUUCACUAGUGAAGAAACACACACUUUUUUGUGUGUCUCGUUGCGGUUGUCCCACUUAUAAAUUUGCGGUCGAAAAAGAAGAUGGCUGAUGCGGAGAAGAAGAAACGUUUGAACGUCGAGUUCAAGUCGAUGCCAGAGUCACUCGAGGAGCAGUUCCUCAAGGAUUUUCCAUCCUACGACGAGGGUCUGGUGCGUGGUGAGCCGGGAGGAUUUGUCCUGACGCCGCAGUAUGGAGAGCACGCCGAAGAGCUCUACAAUUUCCACGUCCGACCUGAUGACAUUUGGGUUCUGAGCUUCCCCAAAAGUGGAACGACGUGGACUCAAGAGCUCGUCUGGCUAAUUGCCAACGAUUGCGAUUUUGAAGGGGCCAAGAAGAAAUUGAACGAUCGGUCACCUUUCAUCGAAUUCCCGUGCUUGGUGCCGAGGAAUGGCGAGCACCAUUAUGCGCACUUGCCAUCGAUUGGAAAACAAUUGGAACUCGUCGGCAAUUUACCGUCGCCGAGGAUCAUCAAAACUCAUUUGCCGUUGGAUUUACUGCCGCCCCAACUCUCCGAGACGUGCAAAGUUGUGUACGUCGCUCGUAAUCCAAAGGACGUCAUCGUCUCCUAUUUCUUCCACCACCGACUGAUCAAAUUCCACUACUUUGACGGCGAUUUGCAGAGUUUCGCCCACCGUUUCAUGCAGGACCAAGUCUUUUAUUCGCCCUACUUUGGACAAAUUCUCAGCGCAUGGGAGCGUGCAAAGACCGAUGAAAAUGUCCUCUAUCUCUUCUACGAGGAUUUGAAAAAGGAUUUACGAGGCGGGAUUGAAAGAGUGGCCCAAUUUCUCGGCAAAUCCCUCAGCGAGGAUCAGCUGGGAAAACUCACUCAGCACCUGACCUUUGAAAAUCUGUCAAAGAACUCGGCCGUGAAUAAGGAGGAUGGAAAAACCUCGGGAUCCUUCAACGAAAAUGGCCAAUUCAUGCGUAAAGGUGAAACGGGAGAUUGGGAAAAACAUUUCAGUCCCGAGCUGAGCCGCCAGAUUGAUGAGUGGACCGAAUCGAAUCUUCGUGGGAGUGACAUCACCUUCGUAGACAAAAUUUGAACAGGGAAUUUUCUUCAUUCUUUCUUUAAAAAAUGUGAUGGUUUGAUUGGUUUCCUUUUAUCGUCCUGUUAAGAUUUCUAUAUUCACAUAGAUUGUAUAUUAAAUGCAAUAAAAUUACACGUACCCUGGGAGAUUGUAA